CUGGGCCUCUUGGUGCAGCCCCUAGCAGAGUCGGAGUAGGCGGGGAAAGUUCUCUCCUCUCUGGGUCCGCGGCUUCCUGUCUGCUGCGCUGGAGCCCGUCGGCUGCGGCAGGAGGUGAGCUCGUGCCUUCGGGCGCCGCCCGUCUCGGCCGGAGGGAUAGUAGGGCAGCGCUGUCCCCACCGCGAUAGGGCUGAGUAGGGAGGCAGCUGCCGUGGUUCCUCCUCCUCCUCCUCGGUGGAAAAGGGUUGUUGCUACCUGAGCCUCAGAGCAUAACCCAGCUCCUCCCUCUUCCUAGCCUUCUCUGGCGCGGUUGAGCCCUUAGAAAACAGGGGUGUGUGUAUGUGUUGUGUGUGUGUUGUGAUCAUUGGCGAGCUGAAGAGCCUAGUUUUCUGUUUGACUCAGCGUGGUGUCCAUUCACACAUGCAGGCACGCCAUUCGACUCGUAACAGAACGCCUGAGCAGCCUUUGUGGAAGCGUCCUGCAUUUGAUGUCAGCUGGCCGUAGCGGCGGGGGGCAUCUGUGGUGGUCGUUUCAUACACGCAAGCCAUUUAUGUAGUCGCUGGCGAUUAAGGUGUCCUUUGGAGUUAAUGGUCCUGGAGCGGGGAAGGGGGCAUGUCAACACAGCUGAGCCCAAUUGGUGCCCCAAAGGAAUAGUAACUUUGCAGGUGGAUAUCGCUGGCCCUCGCCUUGGCUUGAGCUGCAGUUUAAUUUGAGCCAAGAUUAGUCUUGGAACUGGUUUUGAAUGCAAGAGCUCAUGUGAGGCAUGUGAAAUUAGGAAUAAAGGGAGUUUUGUAGGAGGAUCUGCUCUAUCUCAGAGUGUAAAUAUCAAGGCACACCUACACAUCUGAGUCGAUCUUUGCGUUGGGUCACAUCACUGAGAUUCCUUAACUGGAGAUGUUGGGAUAGGGAGCCCUGUUGGAUCAGACCAAAGACCCAUCUAGUCCAGCAUCCUGUUCUCGCAGUGGCCAGCCAGAUGUCCAGUGGGAAGUUUGCAAGCAGGGUCCCAGUGUAACAGCACUCUCCCUCCUUGAGAUUCCUAGCAACUGGUAUUCAGAGAUAUACUGCUUCCAACAGUAGAGGUAGAACAUAGCCAUUGUGGCUGGUAGCCACUCAUAUUCAUGAAUUUGCCUAAUUCUCUUUCAAAGCCGUUAAAGUUUGUGGCCAUCACUACAUCUUGUGGGAGUGAAUUCUAUAGUUUUAACUGUGUUAUGUGAAGAAGUGCUUAUUUUGGUCUGUGCUUAACCUUCCAGCAUACAACUUCAUUCGAUGUCCCUAGGGUUCUAAUAUUAUUUAUUGGGGGGGGCACUUCCCUAUCCCCUUUCUUCACAACAUUCAUAAACUUAAGCACCUCUAUCACAUCCCAGUUUACUCUCCUUUUUUCUAAACUAAUAUGUCCUAAAUGUUGUAACCUUUCUUCCUCCAGCCUCUUGAUAAUUUUGGCUAUCUUUUUCUGAAUCUGUUCCAGCUCUACAAUAUCCAUUUUUGAGAUGAGGUGACUAGAAUUGUACUUAGUAUUCCAAGUGUGUGUCACCAUAGAUUUGUAUAAUGGCAUACUUUUAUUUUCCUUUCCUAUUGAUCCCUAACACGGAGUUCACAUUUUUCACAGAUAUUGCACACUGGGUUGAGCUACCCACUAUGACCCCAGGCUCUCAUUCCUGGUCAGUCACCACCAGUUCAGACUCCAUUAACAAAUAUGUAAAAUUAGGAAUCUUUUGUCCCAAUGUGCUUCACUUUACAGUUACUUACAUUGAUUUGCAUUUGCCACUCUACUGCCUACAUACUCAGUGUGGAGAAAUCCUUUUGCAGCUCCUUGCAAUCCUUUCUAAUUUUAACAGCCUUGAACAAUUUGGUAUCAUCAGCAAACUUGACUACCUCACUGUUCAUACCUUCCUCUGGAUCACUAAUGAAGAAGUUAAAAAGCACAGAAUCCAAUACUGAUCCUUGCGGGGCUCUGCUUUCUAGGAGAACUGUUCAUUUUCCUCCUUUAGUACACCUUUGACUCCUUUGUCAUACAAAGGUCAAGCUGUUUCCUUAGCUGCCUUCAGUCGUGUCCGGGGGGGGGAGGCAGGAUAUUAUUAUUAUUAUUAUUAAUAAUAAUAAUAAAUCAGUCUCCUGCUACUAAUGCAUGUUUUUCUCGUAGUUUUUGUUUUUAGCAAUGUGCUCCUUCCAUUCCUUUUUGCAUGCAUUGCUUUCCACUUGAAAUUCUUUUCCCAAGGUGUGUGUUUCUUUUUGUUCUUCUCUUGGACAAGAGUUUCAUUUUCUAAAGGAAGCCUUCUUGCUUUAAUGGCUUCCUUGACUCUGCACACCUCAGCAUCCUCUUGGCACCUUCCUUGAUUCGAGGUAUACAUUCUGAAUGAGCUUCUGUUGUGGUGGUUUUGAACAGCCUAAAGCAUUCUAAAGAGAUUUGACCCUCUUCACUUUGUCUUUCAACUUCCUUUUUACUAUUCCCCUCAUUGGGGAGGAAGUUUCUUAUUUUGAAGAAAAAUGUUACUGGUUUGAAUUAGUGAAUUAUUGAACCUCAGUACAGUGGUGCCCCGCAAGACGAAUGCCUCGCAAGACGGAAAACUCGCUAGACGAAAGAGUUUUCCGUUUUGGAGGUGCCUCGCAAAACGAAUCUGCUAUGGGCUUGCUUCGCAAGCGAGUUCCUGGGUUUUUUUUUCCCUUUUCCCCCUCUUUUUCUAAGUCCCUAAGCCGCUUAUCUGCUUAUCCGAUAAGCUGAUAAGCUGCUAAAAGCCGCUAAAAGCCGCUAAAAGCCGCUAAUAGCGCUAAUCCGCUAAUCCCAUCAAUGGGCUUGCUUCACAAGACGAAAAAACCGCUAGACGAAGAGACUCCCAGAACGGAUUCUUUUCGUCUUGCGAGGCACCACUGUACUAAAUGCAUGCAAAAAAAUGUGCACUGCUACUAUUGUGCUAUAACCCCACUUCUUUCCUUGCCAACCCCCCCCCCCAAAAAUCUGGGAAUACUGUGGUACCUCUGUUUAAGAACAGUCUGGUUUAAGAACGAUUCGGUUUACAAACUCCGCAAAACUGGAAGUAGUUUGCGAACUUUACCUCAGUCUAAGAAUGGAAUCCGAAUGGUGGAAGGGCACCGGUGGCAGGAGGCCUCAUUACAGAAAGUGUGCCUUGGUUUAAGAACGGUUUCGGUUUAAGAACGGACUUCCUGAACGGAUUAAGUUCAUAAACCAAGGUACCACUAUAGUCCGUUGGCAGGACUUCCUGCUCAGUGGAUAUGGUUUGUAGACAACAUUGAGAUUAAGGCUGCCCUUCAUUAUUUUAUUUUAUUAACUGUUGGGUAGCCAUAAUCUAAAUGGUAGCAGUGACUUGUUUCCAUCUAUUUUGGGGUAGGGAGCUCAGGCAAUAAAGAUCUUCUAGAAGCCAAAGUGACCAGCUUUUCCACUCAUAUAUUGGCUAUAGGAAAGUGGUGGGUGGGAGAGAAUGACAAACUGCCUUCUAGAAUAAUAUCUAGCAGAUGACGGCAACAAGCUGGUAUCAUAUUUUUUUUAAUUAAAGUUUUUUUUCAUUUUGUAAAAUAUAAUGGGAUCGACAUGUAUAAAUCCACAGUGGCAAGUUACCUGAAUACCAAGCUUGUAUCUUUUUGACCUUGUUUCCAGUCAAGGUAGUUUCCAUGUUCUAAUUGAGAAUGCUGUUCUUGUCUGUUAUGUUUGGGUAUUAUUGUCUGUAGGUAACUUUUGUGGACUCAGCAAAACCAUAAGCCAAGAUGCUUGGCAGAAGACCCAAGAAAAGCCCCCAGGUGAAAGGUCAGGCAGCUGCUGCUGCAAAACAGGUAUGUGUAUAUAUAUAUACAUGUCUUCUCCCAAUUCUGUAUGUACUUGUUAGAACAGUUUAAACUUUAAGUCCAUUUGCUUAGCACAAGUUGUUAUGUUACUAUGAUUCAAAGAUUCUUUGGAGUGUAUUGUACUUUUGUAUCUGUAAGAAUAGAGAAGCAGUGCCUUUGAUUACCCAUAUUUGAGUUGCUUCAGGAAUUCACUUGCAGAUUUUGCUCCAGAAAGACUUGAAUUAUACAAGUAUCUCAUCUAUCCUGUACUUUGCAAUGACAGGCUUCCUUAGAAUUAAACCAGGUCUGACAGAUGUCCAGCCAAUACUUCUUAUGAAAAACUGUACCUCUGCUAGGUGCUUUAUCCUUGAAGUCUGUGCCUUGUGACCUGAUGAGUCAUUGUCUGAUUAGCCUUUUAAGUUCCCAUCAGAAUUUCCUGCCAGCUCUUGGAUGCUGGGGAAACAUUAAAAGGCAGGGUAGUUUAAGGAGCAAGCAGCAGCCCUUUGAGAGAAGCAAACAGAAAGUUGGAAUGCUUGACACCUACUGAACAAACUUGGUUUCCUUCUCCGUUGUCAUAAGUCUUGCUGGCAGUGCCAGGCGAUUGCCUCCGCAAUCUAAAUAAGUGUUGCUGUUGCAUGUUACAGGUAAUAGAGCUGGGCGGUAUCAGCGGCAACUGCACUUCCCUCAGCUAAGCAGUUUCACGGAGCCCCCACCCCACCGCCGACUCACAGGAGCCAUCACCAGACUGGGGGCUCCUUAAACUGCUCGGCUGAGGUAAGGGCAACUGCACACUCCUCAGUCAAGCAGUUUAAAGAUACAGAGGGAGGAACAAGCUGUAUUGGCACCUCUCAGAGUGCAGUGGUGGUUUCACUCAGCGAUAUGUAACUUGUGAAAUCGCCACUUCUCUUGAGUCCCUCUGCUAGCAGCGCCACUGGAGGAAGGAACUCUAGCGGGCGCUGCUAGCAGAGGGACUCAGGACCGGUGGUAGUUUAACCAGCAAUAUACCACUGAGAGAAACUGAUAUCACGGUUUGCUCCUGGGCGAUACAUCACUCAGGCCUAACAGGUAACUUAGGUACGAGUGUUCAUAUAAUAAAUGAAGAGGGCAAAAGUAGUUAGUACUUAAAAGCAAAUGCAUAUGGAAUCAGAGCUGAGAGAUGCCACAAUGCUGCCCAGGGCAACCUCCUCUAUGAAACAGGAUCUGCCAUGAUCAAAGAACACGUAUGGUUUAGAAAAGUGCUAGCUGAACAAACUCAUCCAUGCAAGGAGGAGACAUUGCAUGCUGCAGAAGGAAAGCAAAACCUUCCAAACUUGCUAGCCAGCCUAGCCUUAUGGAAGAGAGAACAGGUCUUGUUUCUCUAGAAUGUGAUCCUUAUGAAAGGAAGUGUCACAUUUCCAAGCCAGUUGCAAGAUCUGAACCCUUCACGAGUCAAAGAGUUUCAAAACACUGAUUAGAAAACAAGAGGGAAGCAGUGCUGCAGGGUAGAAGUGCCAAAAGCAAACCAUCAAACCAACGAUUUAGAACUGUGCACUGUCAUGACUGGAAAUUGCAUUGGGAGCUUGUAUGAAGGCUACCUGCUUCAGGAUUUAUUUAUUUUUGUUAUAUUUUUAAAUCUCACAUUUCCUCCAAGGAGCUCAAGGUGGUAUACAUGCUUCUCUUCCUUCCCAUGUUAUCUGCACAACAACCCUGUGAGGUAGAUUAUGCUGAGAUACUGCAACUGGCCCACAUUCACCCAUUGAGCUUCAUGGCUGAGCGGGGAAUUGAACUUUGGUCUCCCAGGUCCUGGUCCAGUGCUUUAACCACUACACCGUACUGGCCCUACAGACUUAUCUACUUCAAUGCAAGCACAGCAGUGAAGCCGGGAAGUGAGGAUGUAAUGAUUUGGACAAGGCCAGUGAGUGUGUUCCUCUUCUCCCUCCUUAUGUGAUGUGGGUCAGCACCCAAAUAGGGAUAUACUCUUCUGUGUUUUCCAGAGUAAGUCAGAGCAAGCCUUCAGAGAAUCUGUUUGCAAGAUGGCUUGGUACUAGAUGAUUUUUAAAAGAAUAAUGAUCUUGAAUGCAACUUCCUCCUUAUGUUGACAGGUAGGAAACGGGCAACAACAAACUUUUUGUUUGGUUGUUAACCCAGUGGUAUGUGUUUUUGUUAGCUUUCACAAGCUAAAUGGGAGCGCUAUGACACAGCAGCAUCAAAUCAAGGAAACAGCUUGUUUUUUGAGUUUUUGUGGGUUCUGUUGUAGAAUAAAGGAAAGCACACCCUCAAUUCACUCAUGGAACUUGCCAGAUCAGCAGGGCCUUACUGUUUGAGAGUGUAUCCAGCAUUCCCCAUGCCUGACUAUUGCAAGCAAAGGUAGAUAGUGGUGGGCAAACUGUUUUUCACAGGAGCUUGUGUUGCAUUACUGAUCUUCUCAUCAUGGAACACUUGAUGAACGUCAGAGCAAACCCAGGGAUCUGAAAGCCACUGAGCUAGGAUUAUUCAUGGGCACUGUUACAGGGGCCACAUAACAAAUAGAUAUUUUAGUGUGUCAGCACCUGCACUUUGGAACUUAUUGUUGACACCACACAAGUGCCUUCCCUGUAUUCUUUUCACCGCCUGCUUUAAACAUUUUCGUCCCGAGAUGCCUGUCUGCACAUGUAAAAGUUAUAUGUGUUUUAUCAGUUUUUAGCUGCUAUGGGUUUUAACCCAUCAGCUUUCAGAUUUUAAAACAUACAUUUUUGUGUGUGAGAAUUUUAAUGUUUUAUAUUUUUGUAAACUGCUUAGAGCUUUUCUUGCAAUCAAGUGGUAUAUUCAUUUUGUCAAAUAAAUACAUACAUACAUACAUACAUACAUACACGUUGGGCCUCAGAUAGGCAGGGGGUGUCCAAAAGAGUUACUCCAUUUUCUAUUGCUCCAUAUAGGCAACUCAAAACUUACAAUUGUGUUCAUUUGGGGUUGCUUUAGCAUCCAAGUGGUGGAUCAAAAGCAGCUAUUCAUCAUAAAUAUUAUUUCUCUCUAUUGCCCUUGCGUUACGACUGAAAGGUUGAAGAGAUAUUGGGAGGAAUUCAGUGUCAUGAUUUUCCAGUUGUUCCAUCAGCUCAAGCAUUUGGCUCGCUUCCUCACCCUGUGUGCUGUUCCAGAGGUUCUCCAACCCCACCCCAGCCAAUUUGGGGAGGGGAGAGGGGAGACGUAUUGCACAAGCUUCUGCUGAUUGGACUCAUUAGUUGGAUCCCAUCCAUUUAUUUUUUGUAGUGCUUUUAGGCUACUAAAUUUGUGUCAGGCAAAGGAUUAUAAAAUCAUGUAUGUUUUUAUGUUUUAGAACAAAACUGGGCAUGCAGAAAUUUAUCUGUGACAGCUUGUAUGUUGUUUAGAUUUCUAUAAAAGACUUAAGUUCCCUGGGUACAUUAGAUGAUGGAUAGUACCUUCUGAACUUGCAGAAGUUUCAAUUUGCCAGUUUUCCGAUGUUAGAAUGAAAGUGGCAAUUUGGUACGCUCAGUUAAGCCUGGUAACUUACACAUCAAUGGCACACCUAAGCCAUCUUCAGGCAUUGCAUUCCACAAGUUACCAGGUGAGAGGGGGCAGCAUGGAUGGGUGCUCUAUCUCUCUCCCCGAUUUUGUCUCUUUCCAUUUCAUGGAAGGUGACAGUCUGCAGUGGAGAGCCACUUUUUGUGUCGGUGUUUCCAAAAUAGGUGGCACUUCAUGGAUCUGAGAGGCUCCCCACCUUAGAUAGUCACAGCCUACAAGUUGGAAGGUGACAAAAACAGGGUUGUUGAGCUAGUGCACCCUACAAGUAGUCAGUUCCCUGGAAUGUGAUGCCCUGAAGGGGUCUUAAGACACAUGAAGUUCAGUGGAAUCUGAAAGCUGGUGCAGAAUUCUGAGACUCCAACACGUUUUGAUUUUUAAACUAUAUUUCUAGCCCUUUCUGUUAUGGAGAGAACUAUAUUUCAAAUUAAGGUAAAGUGUAUGAUAGACACCAGUGUCUUCUUCCUUCUCCAACGACCAAAAUAUGCAAUUUCCUAACACGUAUGACUUUCCUUAUUGGUACACUGUUCUUUUCCGAACAGAUUCAUACUUAACAACAACCAAAAAUCCAAUUCUACCAAGAAAAAAGCAUUCCAACUGAAAGCCAGUUCUAAUCAGAGUGUUGGACCAGAUUCAAACUACCCCUCAGCCAUGAAGCUUUCUGGACCAAUCGCUGUAUCUCAGCCUAACCUGAUUCCCAGGGUUUUUGUGAGGCUAAAUGUUGAAAGUGAAAUUAUGUACACCACCACACUACCCUGAGCUGCUCAGAGCAGAAUUACAGUGUAAUAAAUGUAAUGGAUAAAGAAUACAAAGGUUUACAUUAUUUAUUUUCAAAGCUUAUUAAAAUCUGGGUAUAAUCUUAAUUGUUUGUUUACAUCUAUGUUAUGGCUGUAAUAUCAAUCCUAUGUUUUAACUGUUAACUCCAGUAAUGUCACUUGUGUUUAUGUUUGUACUGUAAUUCAGUUGUUCCAAUUGCUUAUAUCCUUCCUGAAUUUUGGCUGGUUGUAAAGAACACAUCAAGGUUUAAAAUGCAUAUAUAUUUUUGAGCUGGGGAAAAACAUAAAGUCCACCUAAUUUUGCAUAAUAUUGUAAACGUAAUCUUGGCACAUAACUUAAGCUUUUUCUUCAAACUUGAAUUUGGUAGCUUCAGUUUGUCAACAUCAUUGUAGAGCUCAUGUGAUCUGGAAAUCUUAACAAAUCUCUAGGCAGGUGAUCUUCAUUUUUAUAAUCUAGGGCUGAGGCCAAGGCAGAGAAGUUAACAAAGCCUUGGUUCAGAGCAAACAACACCUGUGCUGGUCUUUCUGAUGAAUGACCAUUGUACGUAACAUGGAGAUUAUAUGGCAGUUGUCUUAAGCCUCCUCACUGAGCUGGUUUCUCUCUUGGCAUCAGCUGGGACUUUUCGUAGAGUUCAAUCCUGAAGAGAUGAUGCUAGAUCUGGAGGAUGACGGGGACCUAGAAGCAGAACUAGCUGCUAUCACUGGAGAGAACUUGCCUUCUGGGAAAACAAAACCCAAAGGAAAAAGUAAGCAUGUGCACUGGAAACUUUGAAUUGUUUAAGGUAAUUAGAGGUUGCAUUUGUACUUUUUGCCUUUGCGAUGUAACUGAUAGUUAAGAGCCCAUACACAAGAUGGAAUUUUUUUUUGCAGUACUGUACAAUCCUAUAUAGCAGAGAUGGGGAACCUUUUGCAGCCUGUGAGCUACAUUUCCUCAUAGGCAGUCUUCUAGGGUGGUGGGUGGAACCAGAGGCAAAAAUGAAUGGAGCAACAGGUGUAACUCUGAACUUUUUAGAGUACAUUCAACCAUGCAAAAGGCAGAGGUUUCUACCUGCCCUACCCCCAAUCCCCCCCCUUCCAGGUAAACAUGAGGCGUUAUCACAGUUAAAGGAUGCAUUCCAGCCAAUGAAAAGCCCUUGAGGAGGGUCAGUAAAGGGUGUGGCCUGGGGAGAGUCCUGAGGGCUGUAUUUGACCCCUGGACCUUAAUUUUCCCACCUUUGGUAUACCUGUCUGCUGAAAAGUAAACCCCUUUGAGUUCUUCAUUCCAGGGAGGGGAUUGCAGCCUACCUUUGUUACUGGAUCUGUAGGGAGCCAAUCAGAAUGAGAAAAUAAAGCUACUCUUGUUCAGACACAGUGGAAAUUGGUAACCUGAAGAAGUAUGAUGCAUAUGUUGUUACAUGUUAUUGUGACAGUAUAAUCAGAUGUUCUUAUUUAUUUACUUAAUUAUUUACUUACUUUUGCUGGGUUUCUAGUAAUACAAGUUCUUUGGAUGACAUGUAACAGCUAAGUGUAAAACAGAAGUACAGGGGUACCUCGGGUUACAUACGCUUCAGGUUACAGACUCCGCUAACCCAGAAAUAGUGUUUCAGGUUAAGAACUUUGCUUCAGGAUGAGAACAGAAAUCGUGUUGCGGCAGCGCAGCGGCAGCGGGAGGCCCCAUUAGCUAAAGUGGUGCUUCAGGUUAAGAACAGUUUCGGGUUAAGUACGGACCUCCGGAACGAAUUAAGUACUUAACCUGAGGUACCACUGUAAAGCUUAAGCAUAGAAUAAUAUAAACAAACAUAGAACAGUACAAACAAGUUCAGUUUUUAAAAACAAAGGUAAACCAGCCUUAUCAUGUGCAAAAGGCUAAGAAGGGAGUAAAGACUAACCAGCCACUAUUAAAACAAAGACCACUCAUUGUUAAACAAUAAUUCAAGUGAUAUAUAUAUAUAUAUAUAUAUAUAUGUAUAUAUAUAUGCAUGCAUGCAGGAGAGCAUAUGAUGUUGGACUUGUAUAUCUCCUUGCUUGCCUUUCUUGCUGUUUUAAUUUUAUACUUCUGUAGUGAUGUAGAAUGAGACAGGCUGAAAUUGGUGUGGAAGCUAUAGUAACAAACAGUGAAGUGAGCAACUGGAGUCAAAUAGAGCAGUUGAGAAAGAAAAUUGGGCAGAUGGCUGAGCAUGAUGAAGGCGAUGAUGAUACAAAAGUGGGAGGGGAUGAGCUGUAUAUACAAGCUUUAAGACUCAUGACUGAGAGUUUAAAAGAUAACAGAAGAGGAGUGGACUGACACUGAAAUGAUGUAAUAGUGAUCAUUCAGCAGAGUCAUUGGGAUAUAUAAUAGAUUGUUGAGGACCAGGUUUUAUAUCCCUGCUCAGCCAAAGGUAUUGUUAGUUUCUUGCUCUCCUGCAUUCCCCAUUUGUAGAAGGACCAUAAAGUCACUGUGUCCCAGGCUUCUGGUGGAGACAAAAAAGGCCUGACCUGUAGUGCACUUUUCACAUCAGAAGUGCUUCAUAAAUGAUGAUCGCUUUUAAAAAGCAACAACAACCACCUGUGUAUAAUCACUCCACCUGUCCUAUCCUAUCCUAUACAGAGAUCCUGUAUUGCUUGGAAUUCUGCUUGGAAGAUUAGGUCUAAGUCAAAAUAACAUUGUGUGGCCAUGCAUCUUUGUACUUCUGGAUGAAAACUUUGGAAGAUCACUGUGUUACACAAUAGGCUGGUUCAUACAGAACACUAACCCAUGGUUUAGCACGACAGAAUACGUCCAUUGCACACUCUGCUUUGCUUCUUUCACGGCGUUUCGUUUCUCUUUCACCCUGACUUAAUGUUAUGCACAAACCAGAGAUCACAGGUUUUAGUGCUACAUAAGCGAGCCUCGUGUCAGGCAUGUACACCCCCCUCCCCCUUCCUCCUCCCAUCCCAUCCAAUAGUAAGAUUGAUGCCAAGUUUACUUUCAUUUUCAAAGACACUUGGUUUUGGGGGGAGGUUUAGGCUUGGUUUGCUGAAGAUGUGUUUUUAUUGGCCAGGUUUAUUUCCUAAAUUGACUGUUGAGACUUUGUUUCCUAUAAUAGCUUAGGAGUGGUGCAGAACAGGGGUCACCAACCUUUUUGGACCAAUGGGCACCUUUUGAAUUUUGGAAGAGUGUUUUGGGUGCCAGUCACAAUUUGCCUGCCACGGUGCACAUAGUUUAACAGAAAAUUUAAGAGAGCACAACCAUUCUUCCUCACCACAUCAUACAGUAUUGAUUAUGUACUCACAUUCAACCAUUCUGUUGUUGUGUAAUAACAACAGUUAACAUUCCUCGAAUGACCAUGUUUCUUUCUCUCUCUCUCUCUCUCUCUCCCUCUCUCACGCGCGCGCACACACACACACACACACACACACACACACCUUCAGAAAAGCCCCUCCAUGGGAGAAGGAAGUAUCUGCAAUUGUGGGGGGGGGGAGCAAUUUCUCUCCUUGCACCCUGAAACAAAAUACACAACAAUAACAUAAAGUCCACAAACUUGAUACCCACAGUCACCAGUUUCAUGAUCCCUACAUAAAGAAGGAAAGCAACGUGAUAGAAAGUUUAGUUAUAACUACUUAAUGUCUUUUAAUUUUUUACUGGCUAAAACCAACAAAGUGGCCAAGAUGAAUCUUUAAAAAACCUGCCACAAUGUUAGGGUCACAGUAAUUGUUUGUCUGAACCUUAGGGUUCCUCCCUUAGGAUCUCCUUUUUAAUUGUGUUCUCCAGCUCCCCUGCCUAUGGAUCAUAUUGAAAAGAUGGCCGCUGAGUGCAUGAAGGACUUGGAUGAAGAUGAUGAUGAAGGUCUGGAAGAAGAUACCGAACUUUUGGUAUAUAUGGGAUUCCGUUGCAAGGCUGUUUUUCUUGGUGUAAAGGAAGAGGCAUCAUCCCCUUAUAGGAAAGACUGCAUGUGAUAACACUCCAAAUUCUUAUGGGUCUGGAACACUGAAAGGGAGGUGCAAGCAGUUCUUCCUAGUAAUUGGCUGUAACCAUUAAAGCACAGAAAUUUCCAGAGAGCAACGGCAGGUGUGUGGGUUUCACCUUUCCUGCUUGGUACUGGCUCUGUUUCCUCAGGCUGGAGUAGAAGUGGUGUCUGUUUGUAGCUGCCAGAGGGGAAAGAAGAAACUUGUCUGGAAAAGAAAUUGUGACAUUCCUGAGGUUUGAACUGGGCUGCAGGUGAAUUAAAUUUAGAAGUUGUUCCAUAAUGUUUGAAGAGAUAGUAGCAUCUGGCAGUACUACUGGUGAACUUCAUGUGCACCAAGACCCACUCACACAGGUUUCUUAAGGAUCCUGGGAAAUCAGGCUGAAAACUUACUACCGUAUUGGCCUGAAUAUAAGCCGCACCCAAAUAUAAGCCACACCUUUAAAAUUCAUUGGGGAGGGGGAGAAAAAAAGAUAAUACCUGAAUAUAAGCCACUCCCUUAAAAUUAUGCAGAACACCCGUUCUGUUUUACCAUAUGUCUGUUUCAGCAGCAAUAUUGUAAAAGCCAAUUUUUGUAAGGUCGCGAAAAUAAGCCGUACUUUAACUUUUCACAGUCAGCAUUUGGGAAAAAAGUGAGACAUAUUCAGGCCAAUAUGGUAUUUCUCUUGGGAGUUGUUUUUAGAACUGCUUUGCACGCCCUAAAGUGAUUGUGUCCUACCACACAUGAUCCUUAUAUUAAAAUCAUUUCCAUAUUCUUUAAUACAAGGCUGGGAGAGGCAGGAGGAAAUCUUAAUCAAAUGAAUAUAAUGUCGUAAUCACUGGAACAUCAUUAAGGCCUCUUGAAAAGUAAUGUUUUCUCUCAACAACUGCAGUUUUUGGAGUUUCCAGAUUUGGAAUUCAGGCAUAUCAGGAAGGCUGGUAUAUAAGAACUUUUACUACAAUCUUGUGUACAAAAACCACUUUGAGGUUUUGUUUUGUUUUAACAGUCAAGUAGUAUCUGAAUAACAUUAUGAAAUAUAAAAUACAAUUGUGCUUGGUUAAGUCCCAUAGGACUUCACUGGGACAUAAUUGUAUGCAAGAUUGUGGCUUUUGUUUGCUUUACAGGCUGUAGAGUUCUUCAUAGAUGUAUGUUCUUCAGAACCGUGCAGGUUCCUGGUUGCCUAAGGGGCCCUUAAAAGGCAUACAGGAAGUUUACAAAUCACAGCACAAUUCUACCCAUCCUAAACCACCAGACAUUUGAGGUUUAACUGGAAUUUUUUUGCUGCCAAUUCAAAUUAGCUAAAAUGUGGUGCAUCGCUUGGACAGCAUGUAGGUUUUACAUGAAGCUUUUAAUCUCUGAUAGAAAGCUGCCACAGAGGAACAUAAAUGAGGCAGCCUUAUUCACAUACAACAGUGAUUUUUUGUAAAGAAAAAAGUGCAGUUGGUUUGGCAUAAGAAGAAUGCUCUUUGAUUCUAAGUAAGAGAUUUCCGGGCCCCACCUUUGAAUGAUAGCAGUGGAAAGUACCCCGUGGUUCAUUUUAAUGCAGUGCUCAAAAUAGAAAUAGCUCUUCUUUAGCAACAAUUGCACUGUUUCAUGCUCUAGGCAGAGUUGCAGGAAGUCCUGGGAGAGGAAGACGGAGGAGGAAGCGGUGAAUGUGAGACGGAAACAAUAGAUGAGUCUUCUGUAGCCGCAGAGGAGCCCAGCGAUCUACCAACGCAGGUAAAUGAAAGCUUUUGCUUUGAGCCUAGAAAACUGGAUUUUAAGGAAUGUAAAGGUCAAGCCCUUCAGUGUAUGAAUUGCACUGCAUUUUGGUUUUUUGGGGGGGGUGUUGUUGUUGUUGUUUUAAAAAAACAACAACCUGCCCUCUGUACUGGGAAUAUAGCAAAGUGUUUAGCUUUCAUUUAAAGUGAACUUGGAAGUUGGUUAGCACCUUGAAAGUGAGAAUGUGUUGCAGGCAACUGAGCGGAGACAAUGGCUGUGACCUGGGCUCCUGGAGACAGCUGAUUUUAACAGCGUAGUCAAUCAAGCUGUAGACAAGGGAUGGAGAACCUGUGACCCUCCAGAGGCUGCUGAACCCCCAACUUCCAUCAGUCACAACCAGAAUGGUCUGUGGUCAGGUAUGAUGGAAAUCUUAAGCUCAACAACAUCUGGAGGGCCACCAGUUCCCCACUCCUCCUACAUAGACAGUGUAGGAUUGAACAAAACCACCUCAGGACAUUCUCCUUGGCUGGAGUUGUGUUUAGGGCUUGUGUUUGGUUGCCUCUUCCCUUUGAACACAUUCUGUGAGUUUUCUCUGUUCCGUUCUUGUUAGCGUUAGGUUUGAUGAGCAGUGCUGCUUCUUGGCAGAGUGUUUUUGUAAAGUGAAUAAGUGCUAGUGGGAUUUCUAGUCUCUUGAAUUUGUAGCGUUUGUCUGAUGAUUUUUCCACCCCCCCCUGCGGAAGGAGAGAACUUUGUAAGCAAACAUGUUGAAGAAAACCGUUAGAGGGCUCACAGCAGAAUAGAGAAAACAUUUUCAAUACUUCAAAAUAACUUUGCAGUCAGUCUCUGUCUGAAAUGACGAAGACCUUCCGACUAAAUAUGCCCAGUGGCUGUGAAUGUUUCCUGAGGUGUUCCACCCACCCACUUCUCUGCUGCUGCUUUGGCAGAAGGCCGAGAGGUGACUUGUGGAAUUUUUGCAGAAGAACAGACACUCAUCUGUUCAAGGGAGGUGGUUCGGCCUCUUAUGCCUUGAGUCUUAGGUGUGCAUGUUCCAGAGAAUGUGGUUCUCUCCUGCCCCUGAUACUUGAAUGUCUGAUUUAGAGUGCAAUUCUCGUGGGCAGAAUACUUGUCAUCUUUUUGGUCUCAUUUCCUUUAUCUUCUUUGAGAUGGCGCCUGCUGUUUCCAGUGGACUGCAACAAACAAUAGAAGAAAGGAUAGUUAACUAUAAGGCAGCUAUACUCAACGCAAAGGAAGCCGGCGAGAGUUCCAAAGUGCGACGGUAUGAACGGGGCCUGAAGGUAUGUUGGGACCACAGAUUCUCAUCCUUUUAGCAGAGAAGGAAAAAUGCUGUUAAAAACAGGCUAUGAGUAUCAGCCAUUAAUUCAGUGCAAAGAUGUAUGCAGGAAAGAACAGGGGCGUAGCAUUCAUUUUUUCACUUUUGUAAAUGAGUGCUAGUCUUGUUCUGUCUAAAAUCUUUGUAUAGACAGAAUUGUCUAGGUUAAAUUAAACAUUCGUUAAUGCUUCUUUAGUAUGGUAUCAUGAUGGUAGUCUGGAUGAGGUUCUCUCUUUUUUUUUUAACUGCUUUAGUAGGUGGGAGUUUAAUUGAGGUUAUUUUAUCUUCUCCAGACUUGUUGCUGUAAUUGUAAUCAUUACAGUUUCAUACACUAGCACUCAUUCCCAAGCAGCAGUUCAUUCAAAUGGAAACUUUUCUUACAGACUCUAGAUAUUAGAGAUAGCUACCAUGUAACACACAAAAUAGAACUGAUUUUAAAAGCUAUUGGCUCCAGCGGGCAGGGUAUUUAUGUUUAGGGAAAAUUAGGUGGAAUCUUGUAUUCAAUAAAUACCUGGAGGCAGGGAAUAAAAGCUAAACAUUGGUCUUGCAGGCUUAAUUAUUGGUAAAGUUGAAGAUUCAACAGGAUCUGUGAGGAUUCUCAGCUAGAGGUCACUAAUUGAAAUGUGUAGCUUUCCUACAUUAGAGAUUUUUUUGUUGGAGUUGGGGUUUUCUAGUCACUUGGUUGGACGGACAUUAUUUUGUGUGUUGAUUUUCUGUGCCUGUGCUUCAGAAGAAAGCAGAAAAGUUCAUUUAUUUAUCAUUAAGACUUGAAAUUCAGCAAAAUGGGUACAAUUUCUCUUCCUCUUUUGAUGCAUGGGUAUUGUCAGAAAGCUGCUGCAUUUUCCCAUAUAGUUUAGAGUCGUGUUGUUGAGUCUUUGCACAGUCCAGUGGAAGAGGAAUUGCAAAGCUUUAUAGCACUAUAGCUCCCAUCAUCCAUGACACUGGCCAUGCUAGUUGGAACUGAUGGAAGUUGUAACCCAGAAUAUGACAGAGUUUUAUCAUUUUGUGUGUGUGGGUUGGGAGUGUUUCAUGGAUCUCGGAGCAUUGCAAAAUGCUGCAGUUCCCAAGAAGGCUGUAGAGUGUGAGAUUCCAGGCACCUAAGAGGUCCCAGGUAUAGCUUGAAGGUACAUGAGGCCAUCAUCUUGCCGUAGCGAAACUGAUCUGGACGUGUUGAGCACCUGGAUGGGAGACUACAUGGGUCAAUAAAUGAAAGACACAGCUUGAUUGGAAUGAUCAUAUACGGGAUAAGUAUUUAAUCUAUGCUGGGUAAUUGAAAUCGCUACUCAAUCCACUACUAGGCAUUGGAAACCAUGCUGACUGCAGUGAAGAAAGGGAAAAAGGUGAAUGAGGAAGAAAUGCCACCACCUGUAGCAUCCGGGAAGAGCUCUGUCACAACUCCACAAGCCGUGCCUUUGAAUGACUUGCCUAAAAACUCAGGCAGCCAAGAUGAAAUAACUCUUCCUGAAGGGGAGGAAAAUGAAGGCUCUACUACAGACCAUGAAUUAAAGAACCCCAGCGAUCCAGAGCUAUCUGUGAGCACACCUGAUCUCCAGAGCCAGGAUGCAGAUUCAGGUGUUCUGGGAACAAGUAGCACUUCUGAAAACAGUAAGUAGUUUGAGUGUGGCCUUUUCCCCUGCAGCAUCCCUAUUCUGCAUAUGUACAAAAAAGUGCCACUUUUCUGCUUGUUUCUUCCAUAGGGUGGACGGGUGGUGGACCCAGGUGCCUAAGGAACUAUGGUCCUCAUGGUGUUUAUAGUAGAUGUUUUAUUGGCUAUAUAGUAGGUGUUUUUAUGUUUUGUUGUCUUGUUCAGAUUCCCCAGACCUUGGCACACGGGCACUGCUUGUGACAAGAGAGAAGGAGUACAAACUAGCAGCGCUCAAAGCUAAACAGAAAGGCGAUCUGGAGAAGGCAAAAGAGUACAUGAGGACUGGGAAGGUGAGGCAUCAUUAUUUUCAAGCUAAAGCAGGUUUCUGCAAACCAUAAUUGGUGUUGGGGAUCUUGAGGAGUCUCUAGAAUAUUUCUUUUUCUGUGGGUAAACGUAUAUGUUAAUUUUCACCGUGGGGAUUUGCACCCCCAUGGCAAACUUCCAACCUCAGGCGUAUAUGAGUUGGAGCCACGGCAUAUUGAGUUUUCCAACCUCUUCCAGUGGGUCACCAUGGAGCUGAAUUGGAAAAGAGGCAACUCAGUAUAAUGGCCCUGACUCAUGCAGUAAAUAUGGCUGUGUAAUGGGGAAAUCACCAUGAACUAACUGACCCCAUGGUAAAUGUAACAUAUGGACCAGCUCCCUGUUCCUUUCUUUUUAGAGUGAAAGUCACAGUUCUGCAGCUUUCUUGUGUCAGGAUCCCUAAAGCAGAAUUUCACUAGGAAAAUCUACAUUCUUUGACCAGAUAAAUAAAUCUAUGCAAGUUAAAUAUUGAUAGAGAUCUAAAAGAACUGUAUCUACCUGCAUGCAAGAGUAUUGAAGGGGAAUGAGGUGAUUUGUGCAUGUGCUGGGGACUGAAUGAAGGAUACAUCCAUCAAAGAGAGAAAGUGGGGACUUAGGGUCGCAGGAGUGCAUCUUGCUAACAUCUGGAAUCCACAUCCCAUCCCUUCUUAUUUUUGAAUCCUAAACAGAAGUUCUCUGAUUCAAUGCAAGUUGUUCAAUGGCUAGAAAUUUGAGAAUGCCUCUCCUAUGGGAGGUCCAGAGAAUGGACCUUUUCUGUGGUGGCUCCCUGUUUGUGAAGUGCUCUCCUCAGGGUAGCUAGCCUGGCGCCUUCAUUACAUAUCUUCAUGUACCAGAUGAGAACAUUACUUUAUAACCAGGCCUUUGGCUGGUUAACAAUCUAUGUCUUUUUAAAUGUGUUUGUGGGAAGGAGGUUGUUAGUUUGUUCUUGUUCCUAUCAUGUGUUUUGGGUUCUUAUUUUGUAUUUUUAUGUUGUGAACCACCCUGUGAUCUUUGGAUGAAUGGUGGUAUACAAAUGUUAAUACAGUGGUACCUCGUGUUACAGACGCUUCAGGUUACAGACUCCGCUAACCCAGAAAUUGUGCUCUGGCGGCGCGGCGGCAGCAGGAGGCCCCAUUAGUUAAAGUGGUACCUCAGGUUAAGAACAGUUUCAGGUUAAGAACAGACCUCCAGAACGAAUUAAGUUCUUAACCUGAGGUACCACUGUAAUAAUAAUAGUAAUUUCAAUUAGAGUGGGUAUCUGGGAUGCUGUACAGUGGUACCUUGGGUUACAAACGCUUCAGGUUACAAACACUUCAGGUUACAAACUCCAUUAACCCAGAAGUAGGACCUCGGGUUGUGAACUUUGCCCAAGGAUGAGAACGGAAAUCGUGCAGCUGCAGCGCGGCAGCAGCGGGAGGCCCCAUUAGCGAAAGCACGUCUCAGGUUAAGAACAGUUUUGGGUUAAGAACGGACCUCCAGAACGAAUUAAGUUCAUAACCCGAAGUACCACUGUGUGUGUGUGUGCUAGUUCUGUGGUCAGAAGCACCAUUUUGUGAACCGAGUUGAGACCCUUUGGCUUUGCAUUUUUGUUGUAGAAGUUCAGCCUGGUUCUGGAAGCACUGGACAGUGGGCAGCCAGUAGACCUCAGGGAUAUGCCUCCAGCACCACAGGGUAAGAGCAAAGGAGAUAAAUGAUCUUUCCAGUAACUAGAAUACACUGAAUUGCAGAUAAAAGAUGAAGGUUUAUCACACUGACUUCAGAUAUCCUGCGGUAAAAACCCUGCAAAGGAUCUGUGAUGUUGUGAAACCGUCAGACUUUCAUAGUUUCAGUUUUCUAAUGGCAUCCUGCUUUCGCCUCCAGAUCAGUAAAAAGAAGCAAGUGAAUCUAUCUAAUAUAAUGUAUUGCAUGAUGAUUUUUUUUUCUGUCUUAAGUAACUUUGCAGUCAUUUGUUUUAUUUUUCAAAACCAGGUAUUCUCCGUAUUUUGAAAUUGAAAUAUCCUAUUCUCUGUUCCCACUGAUGUCUCUUUGUGUGGAUUUUUUUUUCAGUGAAUGCAUCUUCAUUUGCCCCCUGCAUGUCUCUGCUUAAGGUUAAGUGUCUGCUGAAGGGAUAUUGUGUUUCUGAGCAGUCCAAAGUGCAAUAUCUUGCGCCUGAGAGAAUGCAUUUGCUAUGUACUGUUUUAGUGUUAUGUGACUCCACCUUUUCUUUUUCCUGGUUGCAGUUACUUAUAAACAUCAGUUUCAUGCCCGUGCUAUUACGUAAACUGAAUUCUAAACUGAUUUUGUUUGGGAUGUUUCUACGUUUCUAGGAUUUGGAAUUAAUUACAUAAAAUUAGUUGAGUGGUUGUCCCUAUUUACUGAGAACUGGAACUGCUUGGACAGCUAACAAAUAUGUAAAGGAGUUGGAGGAAGCGUUAGUGUAUUUGGUAGUUAUUCUAACAGUGGAAUUGUGGGAGUUAGGUGUUGGUGUUCUUAGAUCACAACCACACUGCAAAAACAUUGAUGCAAGACACAGAUCCUCUUAGAUUUCCGUAAUUUUCAAAUAGGGUGACAACAAAACCGCUAACAAAUCACAGAAUCCUUCUGUGAAUUCUGUGAAUCUAUGAUUUGGUGGUGGUGGAUUUGAAGGAAUUCAUGUUAAAAAGUAUGAGGCCCCAUUAGAAUCCAUACCUGGGAUCAAAGCUUUUGUGCCACAACAAUGAAAAGUGUCAUUUUUUUAAAUGCUUCAGUUGCAACAUGGGUGGGAACCUUUGAAAAGUUUAUGCAAUUUCAAGAGGUUCCAUUUUAUGGGAUCCAGUGUGUCAGGCUUAUCCCUCUCUCUCUCCCUAUCUUCCCCUCUCUCACUCCACAUUGCCUUUGUCUCUCUGGCAUGCCAUUUCUUUCCUCCUUCCCUUCUCUCUAUCUCCUGUAGCACCCCAUUUUCUUUUGCCUAGCAGCUUAAUUUUUUUCUCCCUAGUCUCCCAGGUUACUCACCUAUACUUCUCCUAUCCUCUCAGUUGCUUUGCUCUCUGUUCAGCUCCUUUAGGUGCUAAUCUGAGCCUUGAAAAGCACAUGGAGCUGAAAGAAGCAGUAGGGGCAACUUCUCUUCAAAUUUCCUCCUUCAUCACUUUGUACUUUUCAAGAGAGGGAAAGGUAACCAUCCUCGCCACCCCGUGAUGAUGGCAGUGAUGGGUGGAGGGCAGUGCCAUUGUGCCUGUGGGUGGCAUGCUGGCAACCCCAGACUUAGAGCGACAUUUGUUCCCAUUGGAAAAAACAGCUUCUCUUCACAGUACCAAAUUUUCUUUGGCUCUUGUUGAAUUAUGUUGCAACUGUAGUGAAGAAUUUGUAUCUCUACGCUUCCGUGCCUUUUAUAAAAUGCAUUAAAUUCUUUUCCCUUGACACUCACAUUUUCAGACCUUGAAAGUCCAGAAAUGAUACAGCUUCCCUCAAAACAGGCACCAUCUGUAGCUGUGGAAACCACCCUUCCUGUGACGGCACCAGACAGUCAAGGUAAUAAAGCUUUGGCUUAGAUGCGUUUUAAAGCAAAGCCUCUCUCUUGUGAGGUGUAUUGUAUAGAUUAGAAACUCAGAUCUUACAGUAUAAUAGGUAUGACCAGCAUUUCUAAUCUAUAUAAGUGCAGCCUGUGAAACUGUAGCGCAGAAUUGGAGAAACUGAGAAAUACCUAGAUUGGACGACUGGUUACUUAAAAUGUGGCAUAUCACUUCAGUAGUUAAAUUAACAAAUAUUAAUUAGGUUCAGGUAACAAAUUAGGUAACAGAUAUUAAUUAGGCAAACUAGACAGAGCAGCAAGACUUCUAUUGAAAAAUGAAGCUUAUCCAUUCCUUAUUGGACUGACAGAACACGAAACAAUAUUCGUCUAUAUAUGCUUUUGGUAGAUACGGCAUCAGUCAUAUGCUUGGGUGAAAUUUAAUGGUAAAUUUAAAAAAAAUUAAUGGUAAUUUGCAAUUCUGAUUUUUGAAUAAGUAUACAAUCAAAAGAGUAAACGGUUAAUUUUUAAUAAGUAAGCAAGCAAGCAAGCAAGCAACACUUCAUGGUAAUAUAUACAUAUACAGUAUAGGUUACAACUUUUUGAUAGGUUAUACAUAUGAAAAAGGCAGGGAAUGAUCUUAAAUUGAUGGACCAUAGUUUCUUGUUUGAAAUAUUCCAAUGAUAUAUAUAUAUAUAUAUAUAUAUAUAUAUAUAUAUAUAUAGUCUUAAGUUUGCAGGUAUUUGUACUGUGUUCUUUUUGUAGUGGGGGGGGGAGAGAGAGAGGGAGAGCAAGCACACACACACACACACACACACACACACACACACAUGCAUAUAUAAAUCUGUCUUUCCAUAUAUUGCAACAUACACCUUUCAGACAAGAAUAAAGUGUGUCUUUCUUUGAGAGACACAAACACCAGAAGCAUUUUUUCAUUUUGUUUUUUUAAUACUGUUGCAUCUGUUUGUGUCAAUGGGAAAAGGAGAAUGGAUUAAAGCACUGAUGGGGGAACCACUGACCCUCCAGAAGGUGCUGGGCUCCAGUUCCAACCAGUGUGGUCAGUAUUAAAGGCUAGUAGAAGUUGUGGUCCAGCGACACCUGGAAGACAAGACAUUGUCCUCCCCUAGGCCAAAGUGCGAGAAGCAGGUGCCUAUAUUGUGGCUGAGCUCAUAUGAUACGUUCUUUGGAUGCUUUUAAAGGUCCCUUGCCUCAGCCAAAAACAGUGAUGGAGGCUUUGCAGCAAAGACUGGAGAAAUACAAAGCAGCAGCCGUUCAAGCCAAAGCAAAUGGAGAUGAUCGGAAGAGCAGGAUGCACGAGAGGAUAGCCAAGGUAAAGAAGAAGCAGCUCUGUGUGCUACCACAAAAGUCCCUUGGUUAUAAUCAUUUUGUUGUGAGCCUCUGCUGUGAUAUAUCAGAUCACAAAAGAUACUGAUUAUAUAACAGCAGUGAGAGGAUCUUCUCCUGUUUGAACGUAUUACACCAAUCCGGACCUGACUGCGUUGGCUACCAAUUAGUUUCCAGGCCCAUUUCAAAGUGCUGACUUUGACCUUUAAAGCCUUAAACUGCUUAGGACCAUGGUAAUUUAAAGGCCUCUCACCAUAUGAACCAACCUGGACCUUAUGAUUGUCAUCUGAGGCCCCUCUACAGGAGGUCUGGAGGGUGGCAACAUGAGAACGGGCCUUUUCUGUGGUGACUCCCUGCUUUUGGAAUGUUUCCCCCAGGUAGCUCGCCUGGCGCCUUCAUUACAUAUCUUAGGGAGCCAGGCGAAAACAUACCUCUAUAACCAGGCAGUAUACAAAUUUGAUAAAUAAAAAUAAUAAUUGUUAGACUUGUGGAAUACAAGCUCGUUGGGUGGUGAAUUUCAGCAUCACAUAUUUCACAUUACACUCUGAGAAUGUCAUUAUCAAAUUUGCCUGCAUUAAACUCAGAAAGACUUACUUCUGAGGAGACGCAUAUAGAAUUGCACUUGAAUAAUGUUAACCAUCAUUUCAUCACAUUUACUAAGAAUGUGGGGCAAAUAUUUCAGCCCUUUUCGUAAAGCCAUGUGGAGGGGUUGUUGCAUCUGUGUACUGCAAGCCCAGCAACAGAUGCAGUACAUGGAGGAAGGUUUGCAUUUUUCUAGCUAUGAAAUGUUCUGCCUGGAGUGCUCUUAAAAUGUUUUCUAAUCCUUAUGGCAUAAAGGGAAACACAACAAAUGAGUGACAAAUAAGUAUUUAUCUCCCCCUCCCCACAACCUGUCAGAUGACUGUAUUCUCUAACCAAAUUUUCUCCUUAACAGCAAUACCAAGAUGCCAUAAGAGCCCAUAAAGCAGGAAGGAAAGUGAAUUUUGGUGAACUACCAGUUCCCCCUGGUAAGUAUGCAACACUGUCAGGGCUGUGUGUUGGAAUGUGAGAUACCCUCGUGUAAGUGCUUUGCUCCUGGCACAUUUGCCAAAAAUGCUUCAGGAGACUCCCUCCUACUCUGCCUUGUCAGGAGACUGGCUUGGCUCCAUGACAACACUACAGAAUGUGCUAUGAAACUGCUUAUUGUGACUGUAAACUUUCAUGAAGUUGCACGAUAACAGCACAGAGGGCCUCUUGAAUUGCAAGUUAGCUCGUUGGUUUUCAGCUGGUGGGUUGGGACCCACUACCAGGUCAUGACCCCUGAGCUAAGGUGGGUUGCAACAGCACCAUACAACAUAUGACCCAUUUGAGGAGCUGGCUGGUUGAAAUUAACCAUAAUUAGCUUUAAACACAGCUCCCAGUUCACAAACAAUUCAACUAAAAUUGAAAGCUUCCAAACUUCUCCUCCUCCUCGGCCUGAAUGUGUCAGUGAUCCGUUUUGUGGGCAGCCGCUGGAGUUCAUGCUCAAUACUCUCAGAACUUGUAUCUUCUGAGUAUAAUGAUAAUUGUCAUUUCAACUUUUUAAAUCUGUAGUUCUCCUCAUAAAUGUGUGUUGUGUUCAUCUUCAUUUAUUUUUAAGGCUAUCUUCUGGGGUUUUUUCUUCUCUCUUCUUUUCAGGUUUUCCUCCGAUUCCUGGACUGGCUCCUGCAGAUGACAAUACUGUUGCUGCCGUCCUUGAAAAUGCUAACAGGCUGGUUAAGAUGGAGGAGGAAGAGAAUAAAGAAGAGGAGGAGGAAGACGAGGUGUGUUGCUUAAAAAUCUGUUUGCUUACAGAUGCAGAAGAAUAUUCUUACCAUUUUAAAACACAAGUUACAGCCAACUAUUUCAAAAGCUGCUAUUGCUGCUGCUGUUGUUUUUUUUAAAAAUCCUACUAACCUAGUAUUACAUACACUGAAACAUUUCCAGUCACCAUUUCCAUUCCUUUUAACCCAUCAGGUUAGUCAUGUUCAUGCUUUUUAAUGGGUCUACUCUGAGUAGGACUAGCAUUGGCCACAACUCAAGAAGCUCUGGUAGUUAAAACUGCUUAUUCCCUUUAAUUUCCUAAUGCUAACUGCUGAACUGGUUAACUCACAGACUUUGUGUUAGGGUACCUAGUAGUAGCUCAUCUCCUGUUAAGCCACACUCUGCACUAGGACUUCAGAUGAUGAAUCACUCUAUAACCCAUUUUGUUGAAGAUGGCCUAGUGAUGAUGACUACAGUGCUGUUAUUAAGGAGUUUUUCAGCCUCUUAAGAUGACUUUCUGAUCCCUUUAGCACAAAAAAGGUCUCUCUUCUGUAGCACCACAGCAGAUGGCUGCUGUAAUGGGAUCCAUUUGUUUAGUAUCCGUCCUCAUCUUGGGCCCUAUAUCUGAAUUUCCUGCUCAUUGCAUUCAAUUCCUUUCUGAUCCCACUAGGGUGAGCCUUCCAUACAGGCUCCAGCUCCCAAGAAGCCCACUCAGCUGCCUAAGAAGCCAGUGCAAGUUGUUCAGCCAAUAACUGUGCCAUCUGCUGUAAUCCCGGAAGAAACCUCUCCAGAGAAAGAUAUUUCUCAACCCACCCCUGUAGCAGCCCCAGAGAAAUCUGCAUCCACUGAGCACAUCUCUCCAGUUGGUAAGGACUCAAAAAGCUGGCUGAGAGUUGUAUUUAUUUAAUUUACAUCAAGCAAGACUUAGGAAGUGAUGUAUUUUAGAUACUUAAAGGAUGUUAGGAAGGAAAAGGGGGAAACAGUUGUUCACGCUGAGGAUAGAACAUGACAAAAAUGGUACGCAAGAAAUACGUUCAGUGAGGCUUAACAGAAGAAGCCUUUGGGACAAAGCCCUUGUUGUCUUUUCAUUUUCUGAGCUGUGAAAUGCUGUGUUUGGAGUGCUCGUAAGAUGUUAACAAGCCCUCCCUUUCAGUAGAAUAGAAAGGUAUGUAGAAUCUGGACAUCAAAUGAGUGACUAAUACGGAUUCCUAUUCUGACCCAAAUUAUCCACUUAAAUGUGCACAUAACAGACAGACCCCCUGCUGUAAUCAAGAUAACUACCAGGACACUGCUACUUGCACUGGUUCAAGCUAGUCAGUGUUUUGUCUUCCUCCUAAGCAGUUCAGUGACACAUGCUUGACAGUGUUCCGUGGAGACAUGCCACACAUUUGCACAGCUUGGAUGCAGAUGGCAAGCUUGCAUUUGAGAAAACAGGACUACCUCUUGGCUAGGUCUGUUUUUUUCUCUUACUUUAAGGAGCUUGGAAGAGCUGGUGUGUGCUCUCUGGAAAGGACAUCAUAAAGAUACCUGGCAGGCUUAGUGAAAGUUCUUGCCUCCCUGAGAAGUGUCCUUUCUGCCCCUCUUUUUUCAUGUCCUCCCCCACUCCUUGCAAAUGUUGAGCUCCCAAACACAGUUUAAGUAUUCCGUCUGAGUCAAAGCCUGGCAAGCAAGGCUUUAUCUAAUGGAUGUGGCUGUGGAUGACUGGGCAGAUUGCACACAGGAGAUGCUACGGUGUGAGGGCGGAAAUAAAUAGGAGCCACUGCCACACAUUUCUUUCUGCACCAUUACUGCGUAUUCUGUGCGUCCCUGGGAUGAGAAAACCUUCUGUUUCUCUCAUACAGCCUUGUGUGCAGAGUGGGAAUACAGCUAAGCAGGAAAUAGCUUUCUAUAGGUGUUACUAUUAGUACACUGGUACCUCGCAAGACGAAUGCCUCGCAAGACAAAAAACUCGCUAGACGAAAGGGUUUUUUGAGCUGCUUCGCAAGACGAUUUUCCCUAUGGGCUUGCUUCGCAAGACGGAAACGUCUUGCAAGUUUGUUUCCUUUUCUUAACACCGUUAAUACAGUUGCGACUUGACUUCGAGGAGCAACUCAUAGAACGCGGUGUGGUAGCCUUUUUUGAGGUUUUUAAAGACUUUGGUGAUUUUUGAAGCUUUUCCAAAACUUUCCCGACACCGUGCUUCGCAAGACGAAAAAAAUCACAAGACGACAAAACUCGCGGAAUGAAUUAAUUUCGUCUUGUGAGGCACCACUGUACAGCAAGCCCUUAAUAACUUGGGACCAGUUUACCUGCAAGAUCGCUUUACCCCCCUAUAUUGCCCACUCAACUUCAGUCUGCAGAACUGGCACUGUUACAAGCAACAACUGUUGCCCAUUUCACAUUUGUAAGAAAUGAAUCUGAUAGGGUCUUAGCCUAUUGACAUCAGGCAGGCAGCUUCGCUGUAGCUUUUAUGAUGCCUGCUAAAAACAUUUUUGUUUAGAUGAGCCAACCCAGAUGUGUAGAAUGUGGAUGUAUGUUUUAAUAUCUUUUGGGUUUACUGCUGAAUUUAUUCCUUUAACGUUUAAAUUAGUUGUUUUUACUGGUAGGUUUACUGGCAGGUUUUAUUGUUUAUCCUCAUUGUAAACUGCUUUGAGGGAGUGUGUGUUUUUUAACAAUCAAGCAGUUUAUAAAUUUUAUACAUUUGUAAAUAAAUUCUCUCCUCCAAUAGCACAGGCACGCUUUGUUUUAUUGCGCUUCUCACAUAUUGCUCAUUGCGAGGACGCGGGUGCAGCUGCAAGCAGCCUGGCUGCUUCUGGGGAAGAAAGCCCUGCUGCUGUCACCGCCUCCCGCUUCUGGCCACAGGAGUGGAGCUGGCUAGGGUUGGAGGUGGGUUUUUCCCCUACCGCCCCUGCAGCCAGCGGGGGAACCUGGCUUAAUAGACUAUAUAUAGCGCAAGCAUAAUUUUUAUAUGCAGUGGGGAACCAAAAUGUUUACGUGGCUCGGUUUAUUGCAAUAUUCACUUUAUUGCAGUGGUCUGGAACCGAGCCUGCAAUAUCUCCAAAUCUGAAAAGUGUGGGUUUUUUUUAAAAAAACCACAACUAUGACAACACCCCAGUUGUUUUGCUUCUUUGCAGCUUUAGAGCACCUUGAAUUCCUGGAGAGUAGAAGGAAACAGUACUUAAAGGCUGCAGUCCAGGCAAAGAAGAGAAAUGAUCUGGAGCAAGCCAAGGCGUUCCUAAGAACAGCCAAGAGCUUGGAGCCAAAGAUCGAGCGGGCAAAAAGUGGCAAACUGGUCGACAUUUCCAAGGUUAGUAGAAAGAUUCCUAAGAGUGUAUCAGGUCUGCUUUGAAGGAAGCACUGUUCACACCACUAUCUGUCGUCUGAUGUCCUUUGUUGCCUUUGAACACAGCUUUUGUGGAUUUUAUUUCAGAAAACCUUGUAAUUCUUUUAAGAGAGAGGCAAGCUUUUCUGCCGUUGGGCCUGACCAUAGGCCUGCACUCUCAUCCUGGCUGUUGCCCUGCCUCCUCUCCUUGAAUUGUAGGAGCCUUUUACUUUUUUUGAAAUUCUGAAUUUGUUCAGUUGCACCCAGUCUCUGUCUCUCUCAUGCACACACAUUUAUAUGUAUAUGUACAUAUGUAUAUUAAUUAUAUAAAACUUCACUUAAACGUGUGGUGCCUUGGAAUGUAACCUGCAUGUAAAUGGGAGCUUGUUUGUAUGUUUUAUUCUCAGCCAUCAAAAUUGCCUCUUCUGAGUUAUUAUUUUGUACUUUAUAGCCACUUAAGAGUAAUAAUAAUAAUAAUAAUAAUAAUAAUUUAUUGUUUAUACCCUACCCAUCUGGCUGAGUUUCCCCAGCCACUCUGUAGGGAAUAAGGGGAGGGAGGCACCUAAUUCUGUUGCCUAGAUGGCCUUACAUUUUUGCAAUUUUCACACAUAUAAAAAUACAUAUGUGCAGGUUACAAAAAUGAGACUUUGUUUUUACAUAUUGCCUUAAGUUACUUUGGGUGCCUCCAGUUUGGAAGAUGAACAGAACUGACUGGGUUUAUGGUUGUCCCUUAACAUAUAUGAAUGUAGUGCAGACUUUUCUCUGCAGGAAGGGGAGAAUCGCUACUGCUGGGAUUAAAAUAUGUAGAGCAGGGGUAGUCAACCUUUUUAUACCUACUGCCCACAAAUGCAUCUUUCUUGAUGGUAAAAUUUCCUUACCACCCACCAGUGCUCGAUGGAAGGAGGAUUCAGCUUGUGCCGUAGAACCCCCUACCGCCCACCUGGAAUCCUGAAAUGCCCACUAGUGGGCAGUAGGGACCAGGUUGACAACCCCUGAUGUAGUGGGUCAAUUUUUUUCAUAUGGAAUCCUUUGGUCUUCUAUUUUCUUGUUUGGUAUCUUGAAUCACUGCUGUGGUAACGAUCAGAAGGGUAGGGCAUUUCAAGAUUGUUUAAAACCUUACUUGAGGAAUGUGGUAAACUUGCAGUCACUAGUUGGUUUUCUCAUAUUGAUAAAUGCUUGCAGUGCUGUUGGAAAUUCAAGACAGUUGGAUGUAUCAUUCCUCGUCGUUACUUGCAGGUCUCAGAAAACUGAUGUAUUGGCACAGCCUUUCCAAUGUGGUUUCGACUAAAAGUCCCAUCAGCCUCAGCCAGCAACCAUGCAGUGAUGAGAGUUGUAGUCUGUAUCAUGUUGAGGACACUAGAUUGGGUGGGGAAGAGUGCAUUAACAGCAUAUUAACUCAGUCUGGCAGGAACCUUAAAAGUAUCCUGCUACCCAUUCCUGAUAUCCUUCCCCCACCCCUUUUUUUAUCUGCUCUGAAUGAGUGUCCCUUUGUCAGUGCUCACCUUUCUCUGUCACAAUUUUACCAGACAAGCUCUGACAUGUAUUGUGUGUUGCUGUGUAGCUGCCAUCACCACCUACAGAUGAUGAAGGUGACUUUAUUAUCAUACAUCAUGAAGAUGUCAGACUCUCUCAGAAAGCAGAAGAGGUGUACGUUCAGCUCAUCAAGCUAAUGACAGACCAGCAUGAGGUGUGUGCCUCCUUCCUCUCCUAUAGCAUUAUACAUAGCUAAGGGUCCUAUAGUGGAAAUAGAAUGUUCUCUAUACUUUAAACUGGAUUAUUUUGCAUACAACUCUAAACUGUUGUUCUUUUAUGAUAUAUGCACAAGCGUCAGUGACCCUCUCUCUCCUUUCAAAAGUGAUUUGAAAAUAAAGGUGCUCAGAAAAUUUGCUGCCUUCUUUAUGGGUCCCCUGUAUGUGUGUUUUUAAGAGGAAAUAAGAGAGAACUUCUAGUGGCAGUGUUAACAUCUGUGAGUUAUGGUACUAAUACUAUAAUCCAGCAGCAGAUUUUAUGCAGAUGACUGUAUACUCUCAGAUCAGUUUUUGAAGGUAGCUUGUGGUCUGACUUCUCCCUCCUUUUUUCUGUUAAUAGAAAUGUUUGCAGUAUUCGAAGCAGUUCACACAUCUGGGAAAUGUAUCUGAAACUUCCCGGUAGGUUUAUUAUGAGUUUAGUAUUGAAGGCACAUCUCAGUUGGGUGCAAUACAAAUUCCACUUGGCAGAAUGAAUGUUGCCUUUAUGCCUUGGGUCUAAUCAUUUUGUGGCUGAGGAAAAAGUUGUUCCUCCCUUCUCAACUAUGUAAAGUGUAACUUGACUUUUUCACAUCAGGGGAAGCUCAAUGGCAUGUCCCUACAUUGGGUGAGCUGGAGAAUUACAGCCUACAUGGUGGUUUUCUCCAUAUGUCAAACAAGAAGGAAAUUUCAUGUUGAGCAACCAGUGUUCUGCUCCCUGUGCUUGCUUGAUGAAGGUAGCUCCCAAAUCCCAUCAGUAAUGAAAGUUAAGUCCCUCUGGUGCCCCACUCAGUGCUCUGGUGCUUGCUCAGUUUCUAGACAGCUUUCCCAUUGACCUCUGGCAAGGAGCUAUUUCUGCCUUAAGUGGAGCCCAGCCAUUCUCUCAUUUGAGUAGGAGCUGCCUCCAUGAGUUUAGCAGCCACCCACUGAUAACAUUAAUGAAACCAGAGCAGCUCUGGCAAUAUGCUUCCUGAUCUUUCUCACUUUUACUAUAUGUUGUGUAUUUCUGUGUUGCGUUUCAGGUUUGAGAAGCUGGCUCAGAUUUGUAAGAAAGAUCUGGACAUCUUACAGCUUGCACAGGCCCAGGGGCUGGAUCCCCCAAGCCACCACUUUGAAGAGAGAACCUUUAAAAUUGUAAGGUAUGGAUGUCCAAAAGAUGGGAAGGUUUCAAAUGUCUUAUCUUUGUAGAUAGAUGAGCUUUACAAAACCUUUCUGAACCUUACAAGAACAAGCAACCUGGAAUACUGUGAAUUUCUGUUCCCAAAAAAGUGACCAAUGUUUUAUAGUGGAAACUAGGCAUUUCAGUAAAUGUGGGGCUGCCAUGAAAAUGGGACCACUCUCCCCCAGCCCCGUGAGUCAAAGGGCUUUAACUUUGUUCAUAUCUUGAUGUUGCCUGUGUUUGCAUAUGUAAUACUAAGUUGCAGCUUGUUCAGUAGGCAAACAGACAAGGCUAGUUGGUUUUCCAGCUACUCUUGCCUUGUGCCUCUGUAGCUUGGAGAGUGCCUGGGCUGCAGUGACCAAACAAACCAUGGUUAAGCAAGGCUUUGUGGUUCAUAAACUAACAACAAACCAUGUUUUCACCCUGCAAUUAGUUGUCAGAAAGCAAGUAUGCUGUGUAUUUCUUCAUGAUUCCUAUUUCUACAUGUUCACUACGUUUGGUAUUGCAAUGUGAAGUACUUCCGGAUUGCUGGAGUAAACUUUUUCUUUUUGUUUGCUUUGUAGAAUAUUUUCUGAACUCAGUAGCACAGAAAUGCAUCUUAUCAUUGUCCGAGGAAUAAAUCUACCAGCUCCACCAGGUAGUCUACCAUUGACAUGAAUUUUUAAGAUUCCUUCCUGCUCUGCAAUCUUCCCUGCAGCUGAUAGAGCUGAGAACUUGACCUCUGUUAAUCAGUAGUUAGGAUCAUUUUGUUUUUAUCAAGCAAAUUGGGUCACAAUUGGGAACAAGCAUCUCUGAGUAGAGGCCUCUUCUUUCCUGUGAGAUAAUCGGCAGUCUUGUGUUCAUAAGAUUUGGCCCAUUUUUCUUUUUGUUCCUGCAGCGGUUUGCUCAGCUAAAUUCCUCUCUUUGCACAGGUGUGGCACCCAAUGAUUUGGACGCAUUUGUGAAAUUUGAAUUCCAUUACCCGAAUACAGUGAGUACACAUCAAGGCUUUUGCUCCCUCCUUAAUUUUUAGGACCUAGGGUGACAAUUCCCUAUCAAGUAUAUUCAGAUGCAAACCCUCAGUUUGCCGCCAUGUAAUAUAUGCAAAGAUUGGGAGAAUGGAUGACUUGUGCAUUGCUGCUGCGUUAAGCGAGCAGCCGUGUAAAUAUCAGGACAGGGUAGAAGCAGAGCAUAAAAUAAAGGUGCAGAGAAGCCCUAUCAACUUUUGAAGUGAGUGGGAUAACUGAGACAAAAGAGAUCGGGACAAAGCAAGAUCUAUGGUGCUGCAAAGAGACGAUCAUGGGUGUUAAUGAGAAACAGAGAGGAAAAAACAAGGAUACAGAGAGAUCAGGAGGGGAAAUAAUGUGCUAAAGGGGGUUAACAAGGCUGAAAAGAAAUCACUGAGGUGGGGGGGGAGAUACACAGAAAUGAGCUUAUUACAUUUAUAUACCACCUGUUCUCCCAAGGAGCUCAAGAUGGUGCACAUCGUUCUCAUCCCCGUUUUAUCUUGACAACAACCCAGUGAAGUAGGUUAGGCUGGGAGGUGGUGACUGGCCCAAGGUCAUUCAGUGAGCUUCGUGGCUGAGUGGGAAUUCUAACCCUGGUCUCCCAGGUCAUAGUUCAACACUCUAACCAUUAUGCCACCCUUCAGCUCUCUUGAAUUAACGAAAGUGAAAAGGUGGUCCUCUGGAGUGGUUUGACUUACACAUCCCUGCUUUAGAGCAACCAGCCCAUGGUGGGGCGGGGGGGGGAGCUUGGUCUUCACAAGUAAAGGCAAGGACAGAGAACUGCACUGGCUUUUCUGAGAAUAGUUAGGAAGGCAGGGUCACUGGUGGCAUCUCUGGUGGCCUUAUCACAGUAGAAAAGAGAAUGGCAUUUCUAAUAGGGUUGUAUAUGUGAUGCUUGAGAGGCAGCUGGGGAAGGAGCUGCCUCUGAAAUAGAGAAAGGGCUAUGUUGCUUGAUAACUAGGAUAUCAUCUAGAAGUGCUGGCAGUAAUUGGGUCACCUUGUCCUUGUUCACGCCCUAGAGACUUCUUCUGUGCUUUGGGCUAGAAGUUAAUUUGUUUUGUUGUAUGAUUGGGUUGUUAAAAAGAAUAGUAAUUGCUAAACAAUCUCUUUGGAGCACGUUUGUUGCAACCUCUGAAGAUCCAUACCCAUUCCCUUCUUGGGGACAAGGAAGACAAAUGAAAAGGUCCCGGAGAAAUCUACCUGCACCAGGCUCUUGUUCUACGGCAAAGCAAAAUGACUGAAUGGUGGUUGCAAUGCUAGCAUUGGAUCUAACCUAUCUUUUUAACAUCCCCAUGCACCAUUUGUUUCUAUCUCUUGUAUAUUUCAUAUUGAAUCUCAGUAUUUGCAUUUUGUUCCAUAUUGAAUGGGCUGUGCCCAAGAAAACUUUAUCUACACUUAUGCAGGACUUUCUUUCCAAAUGAAAAGCAAACAAAGAUGUUGUGAUUUCUGCUGAAUAUUAAUGGUGUGUGGCUGUAGGUGUUUAGUUUUAGGGUUUUGUUAACCUAUGUUUUGCUUUUAUUAAAACAGGAGCAAGCUCAGAAAAGUAAAACAUCAGUGAUAAAAAAUACCAACUGCCCAGGUGGGUGCAUGUGCUUAUACUAUUAUUGCCAUCGUUACGUUGUCUUUUCUUGGAUUUUCAUUUCAGAGCUAGGCUGAAAAGGGUUAGUUCCAUUUUAUGUUUGCAUCGGCUACCUGAACAGAAUUCAAAGACUCUCAUUUCAGAGCAGUAGUAAUUUUGUAUUGUGGGUUUCUUAAUUAAGCGAUUUCCGCAUCUGUGACGGUGUUAACCUAACUUGCAACACUGCUCUGUAUAGUGGCAGCAGCUCUAAACAGGCUAACUGGAGAUGGCCAAAGGCUGGGCCUGGAACUCUGUGCAUGCUCUUCUACUGAGCUAUACGACUCCAGAAGGACUUGUACCUGGAAUAUUUGGAUCCCUCUGCAUUCUGUCCCUUAGAAAUCCAACAUUGCUGUUCAUUUUGCCACAGAAAAGAUGUCACCCUCUUACCCCCAACUGCAUAGAAUUGUUUGGGAUCUAUUAUUUCACAGCUAUUUAGCAUGAAUCCUGUAGCACUUUUUUUUGCAGGCUCUUUUUUUUAAAAAAAAAACAACUUAGUGAAUAGGGUAAUAUACAGAAGGACUUGCAGUCCUUUGUCUUGGCUUCUUCUUCUGGCAAAGGAAAACGUAGGGACCAAGUCACUGUGUCAUUCAGUACAAUCUGUACCUCUCAGAUAUGCACCUGUGGGGCCUACUUGAUUGAAAGGUUUUUCCAUGGCAAAAUAUCUCCCACCUGCUUAUUUUGAGGUGUUGACCACAUGCUUUUCUUGAUCUUUUAUUUGGUUCAGAGUCGUCUCAUCAGCUGUUUGUAUCUGAUUAUCUGUCUGUGCAUUUCCAGAAUAUGAUCAGCUGUUCAAGCUGAACAUUAACCGAAAUCACAGAGGUUUCCGAAGAGCGAUUCAGGCUAAAGGAAUUAAAUUUGAAGUCUUCCACAAAGGGUGAGUAGGGGUUCAUGCCUAAUGGGAAACAGUUUGAUUGCUUGAGCUCAAGGACUUUGUUAAUUCUGCUUUAAAACAAUUCCCAGAUUUCUUUUGGAGCUAAAAAAAAAUGUAACUCUUUGUCGCAUACAAUCUGUAGGCAUCAUUGUGUGUUUGGAAUUUUUAGCUACAGGGUAGUUGAAGAUAUAAUUGAGAAUAUGGGAAGGAACUAUUUUGAAGUCUUUGUAGAGAUUUUCUCAUAUGCAGCAGAUACGUCUUUCAGACAUUUGCAGUGCUUGAACUUUUAGACUGCAGUCACGUAAUAUUGGUCUUCUGCUUGAUCUUCUUAGAUGACUGACAGGCGCUGUAUUUGGGUGUUGUUAAUACUCUACUAAAGCCAAAAGCUGUGAAAACUCCUGAGAAUUUUGGCUGUAUACUACUAGGCCUGUAUACUAAGGCUGGCAGUUCAGCAGGGAUCAGGGGCUGUCAAUCUUUUCAUCCUGUAGACCUUAAUGCAUUUUUGUGCUGAUUCCAUAUCAAAACACAGAAUCCCCUUUGCCAAGCAGGCCAGUUCACUGCUUCUGAUGCCUGUUGCCCCCAAGGGAUCUAAGCCACAGCUGAAACAGGACAUGCACCCACAUGACUGUUGUGGUACGGGAGGGUGGAAAUCUUCCAUGAUGAACUUAAGAUGCUUUUCUCCUUUUGGUUGAGUACUACAAGGCUACAUCUGUAUCUCACACUGAAUACUGUAUUUUUCGCUCUAUAGGACGCACUUUUUCCCCUCCAAAAAUGAAGGGGAAAUGUGCGUGCGUCCUAUGGGGCGAAUGCAGGCUUUCACUGAAGCCUGGAGAGCGAGAGGGGUCGGUGCGCACCGACCCUCUCGCCCUCCAGGCUUCAGGAGAGCCCCAGCGCCAGCCCCACAAGCUCGGGGGACAGAGGAGGCGGAACGCCGCCAUCCCGCUGUCUCCCGAAGUGGUUUGGAGGCUGACGGGGAGACCCCGCCGCCAGCCCCGCAGCUCCGGGGACAGCAGGAAGACGCAGCGCGUCUUCCCGCUGUUCCCGGACCUGAUCUGAAGGCGGGUGGCGGGGAGAAGAGCGCUUCUCCCCGCUGCCUGCCCCGCAAGCUCCGGGGACAGCUGGGAGACGCAGCGGGUCUUCCCGCUGUCCCCGGACCUGAUCUGAAGGCGGGCGGCGGAGAGAAGAGCGCUUCUCCCCGCUGCCUGCCCCGCAAGCUCCGGGGACAGCUGGGAGACGCAGCGGGUCUUCCCGCUGUCCCCAGCCGGGGUCUGAAGGCGGGCGGUGGGGAGAAGAGCGCUUCUCCCCGCUGCCUGCCCCGCAAGCUCCGGGGACAGCUGGGAGACGCAGCGCUUCUUCCUGCUGUCCCCGGACCUGAUCUGAAGGCGGGCGGCGGGGAGAAGAGCGCUUCUCCCCGCUGCCUGCCCCGCAAGCUCCGGGGACAGCUGGGAGACGCAGCGCGUCUUCCCGCUGUCCCCGGACCUGGUCUGAAGGCGGGCGGCGGGGAGAAGAGCGCUUCUCCCCGCUGCCUGCCCCGCAAGCUCCGGGGACAGCUGGGAGGCGCAGCGCGUCUUCCCGCUGUCCCCGGACCUGGUCUGAAGGCGGGCGGUGGGGAGAAGAGCGCUUCUCCCCGCUGCCUGCCCCGCAAGCUCCGGGGACAGCUGGGAGGCGCAGCGCGUCUUCCUGCUGUCCCCGGACCUGGUCUGAAGGCGGGCGGUGGGGAGAAGAGCGCUUCUCCCCGCUGCCUGCCCCGCAAGCUCCGGGGACAGCUGGGAGGCGCAAUUUUUUCUUUAUUUCCCCAAAACCUGAUGGUCCUAUGGGCCAAAAGGCCCUAUGGGGCGAAAAAUACGGUAUCUUAAGUCAAUUUGGCAUAUAACAGUAAGAAUAGCUGCCCUUAUUUGCAGCGUGGCCUUUAGUGUCAAGUUGUCUGGCGUUAAAGAAACUGUUUGAAAGGAUUCCUUAGUGGCCAAAAUAAUUUGCUUAUAAUAAGCACUAUAAUGUAUAAUUGUGAUAUAGCAUUGACUACAACUUAGUUCCUGUUUCACAGGUGUAUAGUUUUAAGAUUGUACAAGUGUCUUCAUUGGGAUGGGGUGCAUGAUUGUUUAGGCUAGAAGAAAACAGUGGGAAAGAAUAUUAAUAGGAUCUGUUUGCGGGAGUGGUCUCAUGUCUCUUGUAAGCAUGCAUCCAAAAUUUCUAGUGGCCAAAAAGUGUGGAAGGCAAUACUAUUUUUAAGCUGUAAGAGGGAGGGCCAUAGGUGAGUUUGCUGUUCUUAAGUUCACACUAUGGCAAGCCCCACAAGUGGGUUUGAUUCAGAUGAAAUGACAGGCCAUUAGCAGGAUUGCAUGCUCCUUCCUUUACAUGCAAGGGAGAGCUUUUCUUUCUAGUUUGCCCUUUUGCCCAAAUGCAGCAACCAGAACCUUUGAAUGUGAUUUGAGGGUGAGCUCUUCAGGAGCCAUUCACAUGAAGGGUGUAGCAGGGCUGUACAUUUCACCCCACCUUCUGAAGUCACAUGGAAUCUCCCACCCUUGCCAUGUUGGGGUGUAAUUUCUGAGGUCUGAAGCCUCCACACGCAGAACAGGACCCCCACUUCAGAAGUUGUGCUAUGAACUUCAGCGACAGAAAGACUCAUAUGGCUUUUGACGGUAGUAUUAAAAACGUGUCCCUGCCACAGCCCCUUCCACCACAGUAGCCCUUUCAUGUGACUAACAGCUGAAGAGCACUUGCAAUUUGCUGCAGACUAGAAGCAGAAGCCUCUAAUCUUUCCUUGCACUCAAACAAAUAGGAGCAGAUAAGCUCAAGCCUUGCUGUGGCUCCUCCUAACAGAAGGGGUGGGGGCAGAGCUCAUAGGGAGAUAGUUUAUUAGGCCUGACAUGUUUUGAGGAAAGUCUUCAGAGCCACUGAGAAGCACUACUGCUCUGCUUUUCUGCAAGCUCUGUCUCCAAAUCUGUACUCACUUGAAAGUGAGGGAGCCUGCAGGAAGCACACUGCUACUGCUGCUGCUGCUGCUGCUGCUGCUGUGUUUACAAUUUUGCCUCUCAGUGCUGCUGAAGGCUUUCAUCAAAAUGCAUUGGGCCUUUUCCCUGUGCACCUGGGAAUCCCCUCCCCUUCUGCACUGUUCUGCACUGUUAUUUUGUGUGUGUGAACCAAGCCAUGAUCUUUAGGCGUAUUUGGAAAUAAAUAGGUCAUUCCAUUCAGUUGCUUCCUUAGCCUAAAACACGUCUGAUCACUGAACGUAACACUAGCGAUUUUUGUUCAUUUUAACAUCAUUCUACUCUCUAGUUUAUACAGUGCAAAAUAUUUUUGACCCUUGCCUACGGCUUUUGUUGGUAGCACUACUGAACAAUGGCAUUAUAACCCGCUUUUAACCUUGGAGGUAUGAGUUGGGAAGGAUCUGUUUCUCAAUUUGAGAUCCUGAGAGUCUUUGGGGUUCUUUUGCCGAUUCCCAUCGUGGAAGUUAGGAGAAGAAACUGAAUCUUGCACUGACAUGCCUCCCCUUCCCCAGGUCCUUUUUCAGAAGUGACAAGCAAGUGGGGACAGCACACUUGAAACUGGACAAACUGGAAUUUGAAUGUGAAAUCAGAGAAAUUAUUGAGGUACCGUACCUUUCUUGUUCUCAAAGAAAGCUGUGGUAAGGACUACCUUUUUAUUCUUCUUUGCACAGUAGUCCUGCUGAAAGUGUGUUUAUAAAACAGGAUAUGCUGCACUGACUUUCCUCAUUCAUAGGAGUUUCAUUAUUUGCACAGGCUGUACCUGCCAUAUGCUGAUAUAAAUGUGCUUGGAAACUAGGGUUGCCCAUGGGGAUGCAGGUCUUCCUUAAGGCACAACUAGAAUUUUCCAAGGAUGUUGUUGGGGGGUAGCACAAAAAGUGUGCUGACUAACAUAGCUCCCCAAAAGUCCUAAGGAAGGGAGGAGAGCGAUGACCACAAGGAAUUCUGGCAGCAAAGGAGUAGGGAAGCUUGGAGAGCCAAGUUUGCUUCUACUGGACUGUGGUGGAGAGAUUCAGUUACAGUCUCUCCCUUGUGUGUAUGUAAACACCUCUGGAAUUAGCUUUUAUGCAUUGCAACUGGUGCUGUGCCACUUUGAAAAAAGUGGUGCCUAUGUUCAGAUAUUAGAGAUACACAUUAUAUUCAGCUUAAUUCCAAUUUAUGAUGCAAUACGGGAUGCCUUAGAGGGAUUUUUUUCCCUAGGCAAAGCAGGAACCCCCAAAGGCCUUUGUGACACCUCAGUCAGUUAUUUUUAGAAAAUGCUGCUGAAAACAAAAGUCAUGUCUCUAAACUUGAUUAUGCAACAGGGAAAAGGAGAGCUUAUAUUGUGGCUGACAUGUCAAGCUUUGAAUCAGAGGGAAAUAUUUUACCUGGAAGGUCCCCCUACUUUUAGUUCUUCCCACCCCCAAAGGUGCUUAGCACAAAAGCACCUAGCUCUAUUUGUCAGUAAUCUGGCAGGUUUCCUACUACAAUGGCAAUUACCCACAAAAAAACCCAAGGAUAUUAAGUGAUUUUUUAAUCCACUCUAAACUCUACCUAUUAGCCUUGUGGGGAAACAGCUGCAGCUUCUGAAAUUUGGUGGGAUUGCUGCCCUCAGAAAGGGUAAACCUUCUUGCAAAUUUCAUCCAAUUCUGAAAAGUUACAUUUCAUAUUUUUUUAAAACCAUUUUAAAACGUUGCCUAUUUGCCUACAAUUUGGCAAUUUUAUCCUCUCCAGAAGGGAUGCCAUGCCAACGGAUUUAAACCACUUCUAUCAAUGGGGGGGGGUAGUUUGUUGGCUUCCUGUGACAAAUCAGGAUCUGAAAGGAAUUAAUGAUGCUAAUGUUUGGCCAUGUAAACUUUGUAGUAUCAUUCCCUGUUUGAUGCUCCAACAUAAGCACUGUUGGUGGUCUAGGCCACCCCCACCCCCUGCCACCUCCACCAAAGAAGAAGUACUAGCAGCUACAGGGAAACACCAAGGUUGGCAAAAGUAGGGGGGAAUAUAGUAGUGGAAAAAACCUACGGGCACGAGACAAUCCCCUUUGGGAAAAAAAACCCCAAUGAGGACCAAAUGUGCUCACCAGGCAGGAAAUGCUGACUAACAGGGUUUUUUCCCCAUAUCCUAGAGAAUAUGACUGAGCAAUCCACACUGAACUUUUUGUUUUGGAUCCCACCUGCCAUACAUACAGCUGCCACAAGUGAAGUCCAAAACCCUACUGAAUGUUCAAAGCCAAUUGCAGUUCUCUAGGUUAUGUCUCUUGUGAUUAAACUUCUCAUGUUGCUUCUGUGUCUAGGUUUUGGAUGGCAGGAAGCCUACUGGAGGGAAACUAGAAGUAAAAGUGAGACUCAGGGAGCCACUAAGUGGGCAGGAUCUUCAAACAAUUACAGAAAACUGGCUAGUCCUUGAACAUUAGUUCCACCUAAGGUAUGUACAUCUGUCUUUUAGGAUGGCAAUUGGCAUGAGCAAUCUCAAGAUUUUGCUUUGAUUACCACAAGUGAAUGUAUUCUAUAGAUACAUGCAUGAAGCAGUUUUCUUUUUAAAAAUAUGCAAGAUAGCAAACGAUUCAUCUUUAAAAUUAAAAUGAGUCACUGUCCAACAAAAGGACAAUGUAGCCACAGGAAGGAAUCCUUAAAGAAGGGUUGUGGUCCCUUAUAAAUUUCUAAAACUUUAUAUUUGAGUGGUUUUAAUGGACUUGCCUUCAGUUAAUGUUUGAGAGCACACUAGGAAGACUCUGUACUUCUAUCAUGGAUGUUUGAUCAUCUUUCAUUAAUCCUUCCAUUAUUCCUCUAAAGCAACAUUCCUAUUUUUUUUCUUGUCACCCACAGAUACAGAAAUGCUAAAAGCUGCAGAAUGGACUUUAUACAUAGAGCUUCUGCAAGCACCAAAGAUGUUCAACGAAUGCACUACUGAACAUAACAUCUUUAUUUUCAUAACUAUCAUAUAGUAUGAGUUGGUAAGCUUUGUAAGUCUACUACUGGGAAAGAAGGUGCUGAUCCACAAAGAUAGACCUACCUUAAACCUUGCUGAAAGUAGCAAUGUUAGCACUACAUGACUGUUACCCAUUGGGCUGCUGUUAUUAUGCAAAGGGCAUGUUUGCAGGCGAGGGCAAAAAGGUUUGGUUUUAAUGGCUGACAAUAUACUAAGAUGGGCUGCAGCAGUGGAAGUUUAUCAUGUAAACUUGCAAAUAAGAUAGUGUUUCCUAGCCCUGGAAUAAAUUCUAUUCUUGCACACAGCAUUAGGUUAAGCAUAUUACUGUUAACAGCAGCAUGAAUAUGCAUUUGACAUUGCCUGCAAUGAAUUUUUUUUAAAACCAUCACUGCAUCCCCCCCCCAACUUUCUCUGUAAGUUUACUCAUAACCUUGCUCUAAAGCAACAUUAUCACGAGCCUUUUGGAAAGGCCCAUACCAUAUUGAGAUGGCUAGUAGCUGAUUUAUUAUUAAGCUGUUUUCCUCAAUCUGCCCAUGUUCUUGUGUUCUUUUUCAGUGGAGAGGAAGAAUUUAACUUUUUACUGUUUAAGGAUUUUGAGAAGCACAGCAUUUGGGUGUAAGUUGAAACAGUAAUUUGACAAAAGAAAGAGUUGCCUGUUUUCUAGAAUGUUAAACCUAGGUGUGUACCUGAAUAUAGAACUAAGUCUGCCAACCAGGCAGAGUUUGUUUAUCUUAAGUGGAUAGAGACAAUACAAUAUUCAGUUUUUAAUUUUAAUAAAUUUAAUAUACAAAACUACAUGUUGAAAAUAAAAAUAUAAUAUGCAGUCUUUUGCAGUGUAACUGAAUUUUAAAAGUACAUUUUUCUCUUUAAACAAGUACUCAUUUCUUAACAAUAUGGUAAAUUUUAAGGUCAUUUUAAAGGCUAUGGUUGAAGCAAACCAGUCAGUCAAUAGCAUUUUGCACAAACAUAACCCAAACAAAUGAUUUUCUGCAGGGGGGAAAGGAGGGAGGAAAAGUCAGUAUUUUCCAUCUAUCAGUAAGUUUAAUAGCAAAACAAAGUUAUUGAAAAAGCUACUUCAGUGGUAAAAUUGGAAUGCCAUCUCUUGAAGUAGGAAUCUACUGCAGCCAUGUAAAAUCUAAAUAGAGUUGAGCUUCCGUCUGUAAAACUGAACGUUGACACAGAAGGAAGUAAAAUUUAAAAGCAACUUUUUAUAUGCAAGGAAAAGAAAGAGCAGGAAAUGUAAGGCCCUUCUUCUGCAAAGGAGCCUCUUUAUGCCCACCCUGUCUCCCAGGGCAGAAUAUUGAGCACCUGAGUUCUUUUCAGGUUCAGCAUGGGCUAAGAAUUUAACUGUCUUCAUAGCAUAUGGCCCACCAUUAAUAAAUUCAGUAGAAGUGUUUGUAUUCAGGUGGGGUUAACUUCUCCAGCCAUUUAAUUUGUGGUCUAGUUCUAAUGCCUUGUCUUCCUUAUGUUCUAGUUGCAGUUUACAUAGGUUGUACUAGGAGGGCUUUUUUUGUUAUUACUAAUCUUAGGCAAGCAGUAGCACCUUGCUCAACUAGUGAUUUCCUACCCACAGAGGAAAGUUAACUAUUACAGCUCUCACUGCUAUAUGUUUGCUUUAAAAAAAUAAUUUCUUGACAGGCUUGGAGCAACUGCUGUCCCCCCCUUACCCUUGAAUGCUCACCGUUUUGCCCAUGCUGCUCCAGUUUUAGAUUGCUCUUUAAAAGGCCAGAAACUCUGUCCUCCUUACCCAUGGGGGUGUGUGGCCAGCCUUGAAUAACAGCAGCCUGUGUCUUGUUGAAGCUUAGGUCUGCUUUCUCUCUUAUGUGGACACAGCUCUUUCCACAGGACUAUCAGUUGCUCAGGGAUGGAAAUCGGAUUUAAUAGGAACGUGCUCGUGUUCUUUUGCUUACUCUCAUUGCUGGCUUUGUACGUUGCAGUGAGAGGGCUCAAGCCGUUCUUCUCAUAAGUGCCGUCUUAGGUGAGACAGAGUGCAAACUUCUCAGCCUGAAGUGAAAGCAAAACAUGCAACAGCAGCCAAACUAUUACAGUUUUCACAGGCUAGCUUUACAGAGUGCUGCUACUAUAAAGUGUUAGAUAAGUGCAGGCUUAAUGGUGGGGAUAAAUGCACACCAAAUGGGAAAAUAAAAAGUUACCUAAAAAAAACUCCAGGGCCAACUACAAAAAGAACAAAUUUCCAUGGUAACUUAUUUUUUUUAAGCCUAACAAUUCUCACGCCUGUGACAGGCCGUCUGAAAACUUACGAGGGCAGAUUUUUGCUAUGUCAUCAGGCUUAGGGAACAGUUUUAUCACAAAUAAAGAAAAAUAAAGUUAAACUAUCCUAUUUAUACACACAAAACUGCAAGCGUAAUUUACAUACAGCUUCUAGAGAGAUUCUGCUUUGCUUGGGACAGACGUAGAAGGUACCCUCAGUCAUGCUGCUUUCUUUCUCUGUACAUCUCUAUAGAAUAUUCCGACAUGUCUUGGAGGUACUUCAACCAAUAAUCUGGUCAAGAUAAUGUAAACGAUAAUUUUAAUGUCUAGAGAAAUUAACCAUAAGCAGCAGUAUAGUGAGGUCAGAAUGGAGGUCUUCAGAAUAAGUUCACCUACAAACAUCAGAAAUGUUUACAUUUCCUUUCCUUUUAUUUACUCCCCAGUGAUCUCUGCACCCGUUUGAGCAUUGAAUACAUGACUGCAAUUGUCUUAAAACAUGACCAUUGUUUCUAAUCCGUAACAGAAGUGUAUUAGCUGCAAAGAUAGCAUAGCCAUUUUGUAGUAUAGAAGCUGCCCUGAUCCUGUUUGUUGACAAAUGCAUAGAAGAUUCAGAAUUAUGGAACAACUGUUCUCAAUCACGCACCCACCCCCUCAUAGUGUUAACAAAAGCUUAAUUUUUCCAGUUUUAAAGUGCAAAUGAUUCAGAUACAGCUGCUGCUGGAACAGGUCUGAACAGAAAAUGAAGUCCUUAUGAGAUGUUUUCCAGAAUAUAAAAAAUAAGCUCCAUUAUGACUGGGCCCUCACUCAGCUGGCAUGCCCCUCCAUGAAUCACUGGAACUAAGGCACUGUCCAGGUCAUUCAUGUACUGAGCAGGCAGUGGCUGCCCAUUGCUCCCAGCCUGGUAGCCAACCU